AUGAGGAAGAACCUGCUCGGUCCUUGCCUGCACGCAGGUUUUCUAGCACUGCUCAGUUUAACUGUUGUGAACCCCAGCCCCGUGGCAGAAAAUGCACCAGAGCACACGGUAGUUACCACCAUCACCGUCACCGCAUCUCCUCCCGGUUCAUUCGUUGGAGAGCCGGUUAUUGCGAAUGCCAGCCCAGUCGUGCAUCCAUUUAUCAUCACCCCCAAAGCUUCAAAUCAAUGGGAACUAACGAUGACAACACUGCCCGAGCUGGAUUUUGAAACCGUGGCGCUUUACUCGCUUGUGAUACUGGUGAAAGACAUGGUGGGGAGAUCAGCUUCUCAGACGAUCGCCGUGCAGAUUUCCGAUGUCAACGAAGCCCCCUUCUUCACCGGUGCCCUAGCUCAGCCCGGCCGAGUGAUGGAAGUGUGGGUUGCAGAGGACACCUUAGCACAUACCGUCAUUUAUACAGCCAUAGCCCAGGAUCCAGAAGAAGAGGCCUUGAAGUACUCCAUGGAGGUCUUGCCAGAGAGCAGUGAAUUUGCUAUCGAUGAGACCGGGGCAAUUUCUACAACAGCCUCUUUCCAUCUGGAAGGAAACGAAAAUAGCUACUCGAUAGUAGUGAAGGCGACCGAUGCACACGGCCUUUCUGCAACUGGACACAUAAAGGUGUUGCUUAUUAACAUAAAUAAUAACGACCCCAUCCUCACUUGCACUUUUUACAGCAUAAGGAAUGGUGCCCUGACUCCCAGGACAGAAAACUCCACCAUCGGAGAGAUGGUGAACAUCACACUCGACGAGGAAAUCCCUCUUGGAAAGGCCAUUGGCAUUUGCCAAGCUACAGACAAAGAUUUAAUGAACGACCUCACUUUCCACCUUGAUCCAGGAAAUGCUUACUUUGCUGUGGACAGAACCCGUGGAACUCUGAUGGUUGUGUCCAGGCUGGAUAUGGAGGAAGAUGGAUUCAUGAAUGUCCAGUCCUUUACUGUCAAGGCUUGUGACAAAGAUCUGAGAUGUGCUGCCAUUUCUGUCAGUGCAAACAUCUGUGGGGUCAAUGAUAAUCCACCGUACUGCGACCAGUACACGUACAGAUAUACAGGCAUGGAGGUUAUUGAAAAUAAUUCAGUGGUUGCUGAGCUGACAUGUCAUGAUCAAGACAGGCCCCCGGAUGUACUUCAUUACACACCUAACAGUGGUCCCAUUGGCACUGGAAAACUCUUUGAACAAGUCCCAGGGGCUGAGAAUACAAUUUGGGUCACCAAGGAGCUGGAUUAUGAAGACCCAGGUAACAUUGCAGUUGGCAAUACUCAUGAAAUGAUGGUAGCUGUGUACGACGACACAAAUCCCUCACAUACAGUGACGGCAACGAUAAUUGUGAAAAUCACUCCUACCAACGACUUCAGCCCAGUGUUUAGACCUCCAAGUUAUUCAUUUACAGUUCCAGAAACGUCAGGCGCCCACUACACGGUUGGAAAAGUGACUGCCAUAGACAACGACUACCCACCAAACUGCAUCACCUACAGAAUAGUCCGUGGGAACCUGCCGCCUGUUCAGAUAUUUUGGGUGGACCCAGCAUCCGGAACAAUAGAGCUGAUAACCCAGCCAGACUAUGAAUCCAUCCAACAAUACAAACUCACUGUCCAAGCUGUUGAUUGCGAUCUCGCUCAUCCACGCACAGCUGUCACCACGGUUACAAUCGACAUUGAAGAGGAGAACGAUGAACCGCCAGUCUGCAGCCCCCGGGUGUAUAAGGCAGUCGUAUUUGAUAACGUUACCGUUGGGACAAACAUCGAUAGGUUUAGGCUCGUUUGCCAUGACAGAGACUCCAGCGAUUCGGCCAUGCGGUUUGAGAUCGUCUCUGGCAACAGAAACAAUCGCUUCGGUUUUGACCCGGCCCGAGGGUCCAGCACGCCCAAGCUAAUUGUGAAAACCCCUUUUCAUUUGGAAGCCGGGGCCGAGUCCCAGCAGCGCUACCACCUCGUGGUGAACGUCAUUGAUGACAACCUGUACAACGUCACCGCGACCAAGGCCAGGACGGGGACUGUCUUAAUAGAUGUCCAUGUUCUUAGAGCCAACCCUACCCCUGCUCCGCACAGAAAAGGACUGACCAUUAUGUACACUGCCGUCAACACCUACAAUCCUACGGACUGGUACAUUCCCUUCAUCUUCACCCUGACGGCCAUUCUUGCCGUGGGCUUGGCGGCUUGGGGGUGCCAUCUGGUUUGGACGCGCACAAGCUUCAAGGAAACCUGCUUCACCGUGCCGAGCAAGACCGCCGAAGCAGAGAAGGGAGUAGAGACAUUUAUGCCAGGAGCCAAAAAGAAACCAGUAGAAGUGGUAAUGGAAACAGCUAAAUACAAGACAAAGUUUGAUGGAGAAGCAAGGGAUCCAGUCACAGGGAACCUGUAUCUGUUCAACAGCAAAUCAGGAGCAAGGAAGUGGAAGAAGGAAGAUGCUAAGAUGGAGAAGAUGCAGUUGACCAACAUCUACUCAGUGUCUCAGAAGCUCCCCGCUGCAAAACUUGCGCCACUAACGACUCCCAUUAACAGGGAGUUGAAGGCUGGUUCGCAAUCAUAA